UUUGUGCUCGACCGGAAUUUCGUUUCCACAUCACGUCACGUGGUGCGGAUGAACAACGGCCGACGCCGCUGCUGCUAGCUGUAGAAAUAGACAUGCUGAACAUAGAGAAAGUCAUCGUGGGCACCAGCAAUGUGAGGAAGGCCACCACAGAGUCCCGUGAGUCCCUGGAUACACCGGAUUGUGAUACAGCAGUGGAGUGUGAUAGUCUGUACUGUUCCCGAUGUCUCAUCACCUUCACUACCUUCAAGACCAAAACGAACCACAUAAGAAGGGUUCACCGGGACCUGUACAGCAAGCUGUUGAUGAAGGACAAUACCGUCUUUGGGUGUUACAAGUGUGACAGGUGUUUUGCUUCACCUGAGGAGCUCAGCGUGCACCAUGCAACCCACAGAGUUGAUGAGGUCCCUGUCUGCUCUUCCUGCAAAACCGUAUUUCCCAGCUUCACUGAGCUGCACAAACACAAACGCGGCUGCCAUGAAGGAGGAUGGCACUGUCGCGACUGCGGCUCUAUGGUCCCGUGCGCCAGCCUGCUUGAGUUUCAUGCUCAUUGCAUCGCCAUGCACGACAAGGACGUGACAGAAGGCGGCGCGCACCGCUGCACGAUAUGCCUUCACGGUUUUCGCACGCUGGACGCUCUCCUGAACCACCAAGAGAGGGUUACCAAAGCUGACGUGAAGCCCGCCAGGAAACGUGGCCCGGAAGCAAACACUCGUGAGGACAGCAAGAAGGUGAAGAAAACAGAAGAACGUAAAGCUCCAGCACCGGAGCUGAAGAUCCCUUGUUCCGAAGACAAUUGCGACCUGGUAUUCCCGUCUGUAGAUGCCCUGAGGAUGCACAAAAAGAGCCAGCAUGGUCCCCCUCUAUCUUCUCAAAAGCCUUGCAAAAAGCGUUGAUGCUGUAACAGAACACUUACGUAUUUGUAUAAUUAUUUCAUAUGUAUAGGUCACUAAUAUACAGUACAGUAGAUCCUCGCUUUUCGUGGGGUUAUGUUCCGGGUCCGCCAGCUAAUGCCGAAAAACUACAAGUACUUGAUACUCCCAUAAAAAUGUCCACUGUUGACAUACAGCUCGCUCCUCCCCAUCAAAACCUCUCUGCUAGCUUGAUUGAUUUUGGAUCAACAUUUGCAACAAAAGUGAUUGUUGUAAUUAUUAGAUUAGAGUCGGAGCCACGACCAUCCACUUCUGUCUUCAAUAGCUGUUGUUCAUUUGCGACACAAUCCAGGUUUAAGCUCUGAAUACGCCUCAGACGCUUAUUGAAUGCAUUUAAAGUAUGAAUGGUGUGUUCAAGGACCGCAGAAAAAAGUGCUAAAUCUCAACGCUUGACGAACAAACAUUAUCAGCAAAACAUAAAUAUGUAAAAAUGGUUUCUAACAGUGGCGCAUGUCUGCUGUAGUACAUUUCACCUGUAUUAUCGCGCAUUUAUACAUUUUCUGUGGAAAAUAGCCUAUUUUUGGAGGGGACAAAAAUUAGACCAAAACUUUUCAAAUUUGUGUUUCCAUGAAUGUGCAGAGAUCCACUGGAAUGGUGUUUUAAAAAUUUGGUGUUCCCGUGUACAACCAGCAGUACUCGUACCACAAUUUGAGAAUAUGUAGAUUUCUAGCAUUUAUUUGACCAUUCUUUACAAAAUAAACAGACACUUGGUUUAUUGUGGUGUCUGUUGCUUUGACAAUAAAGGGAAUUUGACAGUUUUUUUUUCCUUGAAUAUUUAUUAGAAGUCAUAGAUUGUUGUUUUUUGUGAUAUAGAAACAUCAGCAUAUGAAAGAAAAAAACAUCCAAAAGUAGUUUUAUUUGUCAUGAAACCGCUUUAUUGACUUAUUUGUUCAAAUUGUAUAUUUCAUUUGCAGAUCAAAUAUUUUGUGAUAUUUAUGAUAUUGUAAAUGUCAACAUGUAAAAGACAAUGUGAUUUGAAAUAUACAUGGGAUUAAAUCAGAUCCUCUUCUUCCUACUCAUUUUCGGACGUUGAAUUGUGCAAACAAAACCACUUGAUAUUCCUUAAUGUAAUUUAGGCAUGUAUCAAAGAAAUAAACCAUA